CGGCAUGUCUCCGAAUCCGCGCCUUACUCCCGGACGAUGACCACCAUCUCAACUGGCCAAAUCCCCGACGACAACGGGGACCGCCGCAAGAAACAGCCCAAGCAGCAUGCCGCAACCGGUGCCUCGGCGGCCGGCAUCCGCGCCCUCUCCGUCCAGUUCAUGACCUUCUACUUCCGCGCCCCUAUCAAAGCCUUUUUUCGUGCGCGCGUAGACUACAUGAGCUAUGCCCGAGCCAUAAACCCCCGCGUCCAGGCCAAUCUCCCGUGGUCAUGGCGCAUGACCACGCCCGCCAUCCUGGCCGAUGCCGUUCGCCUGCAUGGCUGGAGCUUCAUACCAAACCAGGUCAUGCCGCCCAUGCUCGCCAACGUCAGCAUUGGCGCCGUCCUGUACACGGGGUACCUACAGGCGCUGGGCGUGCUGCACGAGCCGUCAGCGCAAUCGGCAAAGCGUGUAUACCCUCCUGCACCCCCAGAGCACACGUUCAGCGCAGGUUUCUUAGCCGGUACGGUGCAGUCACUGGUCGCGGCGCCGCUGGACGCGCUGCAGGUUCGCUUCCAGACCAGCGAUAUGCUCGAAGGCCGCUACAAGACGAUGUGGCAGUAUGGGGCGCACAAACUGCAAGAGAUCGGUCUGCGAGGUGUCUUCGCCGGCUGGUCGCUCUCGUUGCUUAAGGACUCUUUCGGCUCCGGUGUCUUCUUCAUGACCUUCGAGUACAUCAAAUCGCAGUCAUACUACAACUUCGUAACGCGCUACUACGGGCGCAAGCACGUGGCCCAGCAAUCGGAUCCGUACCACCCCAUCAUUCGCUACGACGAUGGCGUCCUCUGGCCCACUAUCCGCCCGCACUACAUGAUGGAGCCGACGUUUAUCCUACUCGCUGGCAUCGCCGCCUCGAUCCUCUCGCAGGCGAUACAUCAUCCGUUGACCGAGAUCCAGAAUGUGCAUUACGGGCGCUUGGAGUCGCUGGACUACGCUGCGCAGCUUGAGCAAGAGCGCCGCGGUGUGUUCCGCCUGUACUACCGUGCGUACGAGCAGACGUUCAACCAAUGCCGCACUCAGGCCAAGCGUAUGGGCAGCUGGCGUGCCUGGCUCUACAAGGGCUUCAUCAUGAACACCAUUCGUCAAGUCCCGAGCACUAGUGCUGGGUUGAUUGUAUUUGAGAUUGUAAGGAGGAAGUAUGGACUUGCAAGUGAUCCGGCGCGUAUAGAGAAAGAUGGGUUUGAUAUUUUGUUAGAUUAAGAAGAGAGGCAGAGAGAGAGGAGUAGAAUAGAGCAGAAGAGGAUUUGGACAUGGCAUAGCAUGGUGGUGGAUAGUCGCAUGGCUUGGCGUUUGUGGGGGUCAAUCAUUUCAUCUCAUUUCACUGAUACCAGAAAGAAUCUCUGCUCGUCCACUAAAGUGAGUUAAAUUGUAAGAUAAAACAGACAUAUGCAACGUCCGUUACCGUGAAGCAAGAUGAUGAUGGUUAUACGGAGGAAAAGAAGAGACGUAGUUAAGAUAUGUAGAGGCUCUGUACGGAG